UAUAAAUAUGAGACCUUUCGCAUUGGAAUAUCAUCUCAAGGUAUCAGCUCAGAUUGGAAUAACAUCUGCUCAGAUCGGAAUAUCCUGUACCAGAAAAAAUGAAGGAAUCUUUAUUUAUAUUAGUGUUGGGAAUCAGCACAGUUCUGGCUGCGAUAUCAAAGGAUGACAAUCGAGAAAAGCGGCAAGGUAUACCAGGCUUUCCAGAAAUACCUGGAAUGCCACAAAUUCCGGGAAUGCCAGAAAUACCAGGAAUGCCUCAAAUCCCGGGAAUGCCAGAAUUACCAGGAAUGCCUCAAAUACCAGGUAUGCCGGAAUUUCCGGGAAUGCCUCAAAUACCAGGAAUGCCUCAAAUACCAGGAAUGCCUCAAAUACCAGGAAUGCCUCAAAUACCAGGUUUGCCAGGAACUCCAUCACAAAACAAGUCCGAAGGAGAUAAACCACAAAAACGACAAAUCCCUGGUUUUCCAGAAAUUCCAGGAAUGCCGCAGAUUCCAGGAAUGCCAGAGCUACCAGGAAUGCCUCAAAUUCCGGGAAUGCCAGAAUUACCAGGAAUGCCAGAAUUACCAGGAAUGCCUCAAAUUCCAGGAAUGCCAGAACUCCCGGGAAUGCCUCAAAUACCAGGAAUGCCUCAAAUACCAGGAAUGCCUCAAAUACCAGGUUUGCCAGGAACUCCAUCACAAAACAAGUCCGAAGGAGAUAAACCACAAAAACGACAAAUUCCUGGUUUUCCAGAAAUUCCAGGAAUGCCUCAAAUCCCAGGAAUGCCAGAGCUACCAGGAAUGCCUCAAAUCCCUGGAAUGCCAGAAUUACCAGGAAUGCCUCAAAUUCCAGGAAUGCCAGAGCUCCCGGGAAUGCCUCAAAUCCCUGGAAUGCCUCAAAUACCAGGAAUGCCUCAAAUACCAGGAAUGCCUCAAAUACCAGGUUUGCCAGGAACUCCAUCACAAAACAAGUCCGAAGGAGAUAAACCACAAAAACGACAAAUUCCAGGAUUUCCAGAAAUUCCAGGAAUGCCUCAAAUCCCUGGAAUGCCAGAACUACCGGGAAUGCCCCAAAUCCCAGGAAUGCCAGAACUACCUGGAAUGCCACAAAUUCCAGGAAUGCCAGAACUACCUGGGAUGCCACAAAUUCCAGGAAUGCCACAAAUCCCCGGAUUUCCUGGAACUCCCUUUAUAUUCCAUAAAAAAUCAAGAAAAAUGGAAAAACGACAAAUUCCAGGAUUUCCAGAAAUUCCAGGUAUGCCACAAAUUCCCGGAAUGCCAGAAUUACCUGGAAUGCCUCAAAUUCCAGGAAUGCCAGAAUUACCCGGAAUGCCUCAAAUUCCAGGAAUGCCAGAAUUACCAGGAAUGCCUCAAAUUCCAGGAAUGCCGGAAUUACCGGGAAUGCCUCAAGUUCCAGGAAUGCCACAAAUACCUGGUUUCCCCGGCUCUCCCAGUAAAGCGUGAUAUGUUUGCAAAACUGAGUGACUUUCCAAGCAUUAGCAGCAUGUUUUUUGUUCUUCUUUUAACUAAAAAAUAUUUCUCAGACAAAUAAACAUCUACAAUUAUAAACAUAUUUUAAAUUAGAUUCAACUUAUAAUUUAAAAUUUCUUGAUUUAUUUCCAGUCUAGAAAAUAAACAUCUGUGUAAAAAUAAAACUCAUGGCUGUCA